AUGGCGCCUCAGGAUGGGCAGGAUUCUGCCGACAGCAACAGCGAGGCCACCACAACAGACACCGCCGCCUUGCAACAUGCUCCCGCCAACGCGGCUCGCGACGCCACCUCGGCCAACUCUCGUAACCAGGGAACCUCUGACGCUGCUUCCACCGACGCAAACUCGGCCUCUCAAGCCGAAUCCUCUGGCGAGUCCGGCCCUGCCUGCCUCAAAAUGACAAGGAAUGACCUUCCCAAGCGCCCAUGCCUCAAGAACGCAAAAUGCCUCAAGCAUAGCCCCUGCUUGAAGAAUACGACAAAAGACGGCGGUGGCGAGUCUCUCGCGACCACAGAUUGCCAGACCGACACGACAGACAGCUCCGCCGCAAAGCCAAGUCUCAAGUCUCGAGGGCCGACUGAGAGAGCCAAGGCGUCCGAGGCAGACUCGUCCAUGCCCAGCAGCUCUGGGGGUGGGAGCGGCAGCGAGCUCGAGGUCUCCGAAAGGAUCGACGACGCUUCUACGGAUGCUAGGCCGAGGGCCGCGACGGACAAGUCCGCCGGCGCGAGCUCCGCCGAUAGUGGAGGUUGGUCCAUCUCCGAGGAUUGCCUCCUCAGGUCCAUGAAAGAAUCAAAGGAUAACCUGCCGUGGGCCGACAUUGGAACUGCUCUCGGCCGCACCAAGAACGACGUCAGGGCCCGCUGGGUAGUUAUUAGAGACCAGCCGGCCCAAUUCGCAUAUAGUGAGGAGGCUAGCGGCGAGGAGCAGGAGAGCUCGAUUCAGCAGAGUCCAGGCACGUCGAAGCCCUCCAAGAAGCCGGCCAAGGCCCCAGAUGAGACUCCCAGCGCCGUCAGCGACGAGUCCCAGGCCGCAUCGGAACCCGCCAAGAACGCAAAGAGUAAAGGAAAGGGCAAGGCCGCCGCUCCGACAAAGUGGCACAAGGGGCAACGCAACGACAAGGUGGCCAUGGAGAACAAGUCUGCCCGCUCAAAGGCCGCCGAGGCCAACGAGCGUGAGCGCGACAUUCUCUCGGGCGAGGAGGCGUCGUCCGAGUCGUCGGGCCCCCUGGGCGACGAGGAAGACGACGACGACGAUGAUGACGACGCCGGCGGCCUCCACUAUGGCUGGCCCGAGUCGAAGUGCCAGGACGUGCGAUACCUGCGCAACCACGUCUACCCGGAGCUCUAUCCCGGCAUGAUCCAGCCGGAGCCCGACGAGUUCUUUGGCGAGCACGACUGCGCCGUCCUCGCUGCCGUCGACAGCAAGUACAAGCGGUCGCGGUGGCUCGAGAUGCAGGCCAACUUUUACAACGUCACGGGACGCAUGGUGCCACUGUACCUCAUCCGUGACAAAUGCGAGCGCGCCGAGCGCGAGAGUGCCGAGCGCGAGCAGCCGUCGUCGCGCGCCGGCGGGCGCUGGCAACGCGUCGAGAGCUGGGUCGACGGGGUCCAGGACGGGGACCUCGAGGACCCGGCUCUCUGA